GUCAAUUGAGCUACGUUUCUCCCUCGGAUCUUGAAAUACUAGGAAGGAAGCUGCCCUGUGAUCGUCACGUGACUCUGGGGUUCAGCUUAUACGCGCCCGGCAACCGUCCUAGAGACCGACACCGCCGGCUGCAACAUGAACGUGAUCUACCCACUGGCGGUGCCCAAGGGGCGUCGGCUCUGCUGUGAGGUGUGCGAAGCCCCUGCGGAGCGGGUGUGUGCGGCCUGCACAGUCACUUACUACUGUGGGGUGGUGCAUCAGAGAGCUGACUGGCGCAGCAUACAUGAGAAGAUAUGCCAGCUCCUGAUUCCCCUGCGCACUUCCAUGCCUUUCUACAAUUCUGAGGAAGAACGGCAGCAUGGCCUGCAGCAGCUGCAGCAGCGGCAGGUUUGGGCCGGAUCAUUCAGGCUGAAGAAUAUCUGUUACAAGCCCAGUGGACUGUCCUCAAAUCAACUGACUGUAGUAAUGCCACCCACUCUUUACUGCACCGGAACCUGGGACUUCUCUACAUGGCUAAGAAAAACUAUGAGGAAGCCCGUUAUCAUCUGGCCAAUGAUAUUUAUUUUGCCAGCUGUGCAUUCGGAACAGAGGACAUCAGGACCUCGGGAGGCUACUUCCACCUGGCUAAUAUAUUCUAUAUUCUUAACAAGAUGGACCUGGCAGACACACUGUAUACCAAGGUCUCUGAUAUCUGGAAUAAAUAUAUGAAUGAACAGUAUAAACUCUUCUUACAGAAUGAAGCCCAACAAGAUUUAUUGGGAAAACGAUUUGAGAAGGAUACUAGCUUGGACGAAGCCCAAGAAGCAGAAGCCAUUCGGAUCCUGACUUCAAUCUUGAACAUUCGAGAAUCUACAUCUGAUGAAGCCCCUGAAAAAAUUAUCAUUCUUCUGAAAACCCUGGUCAUGCUUUACCACUUGAUGCUGAAUUAUUCAAAGGCAAAGGAAUAUGCUGCAAGAGCCCUGCAUCUAGCCAAAGAACAAUUGCUUGGUGUCUCUGAGGAAAACACCAUUCAAGAACUAAUACGUGUCAUCUCAUCUGAGGAUCAUCCCAUGAUUUAGUGACCCAUGAGCUCUGCAUCAGGGGGUAGUGAGUGUCUAACACAGCAGCCCUGCACAAUUGGUUUAAGGUACUCUGGAUUGCUGAACUUUUUACUCUCUUCCUUGAGGUUGUAUACAUAGCUGUGUUUUAUUCUUAAAGAACAGACAAGCGAAGGGAUAUGAAACUUUAGGCAUAGAAAUCAGUAAAACUGUUCCUUAUUAUGACCUUUGUACUUGGUUUAUCCAUGACUUUGUGUGUCUUUGAGUAAUGUGUAGUCAGAUCACAAAUGUGGUCAUCUUAAUUACAAAUAGUUUGUCGUAGUUCCCAGAAUUCUCCCAGUGAUUAUGUAUAUUUCAUAACUCUUUGCCAAAGAAAGGGGUAAGGAAUAGAGCUAAAUUGGAGCCGGGUUCCUCUAGUCAUAAUUCUGCAAAUUCUGCACUGGAAUUAAGUUAGCAUUAAUCUGAAGUAGAAGAUGAUAAAAUGUCUGUUGUAAUUCCUAGAGCAAUCACUAAGAAAAUAAAAAAUAGCUAAAAAUCAACAAAAGGAUUAAAAUGACAUCCUAGAAAAUAUUGUCCUAAAGCAAAAAAAGGCAAUAGAGGAACAAAAGGGACAUGAGACAUACAGAAAACAAACAGUAAAGUGUAGAUAUAAAUCAUGCAUAAGGUCUUCAUAUGCCAGAGAAGGCCCCUGGGCCUGCCUUUCAAGGAGCUUCAGUAUGGUCUGGCUAUGACACCAUUCCAGGUUGGUAUUGUUCUUAUCUCAGACAAUUUGAAGGAGAUGUGAGCCAACUGUACUGUCUAGGGAAGAGGCAUUCUGAAAGGUCCCCCAUGAUGCAGAGGACAAAGUACAGGCCUUGAACUUAGACAUGCUUGAAUUCAAAUUUCAGCUCUCACAUAAUUGCUCCAUGGCCUUGAUCUCCCCAAAGCCUCUUUCAUUAUUGUUGUAAGUAAAUAGCCUAGAUGUGUCUAUAGCUGGAUCAGUCUAUCCCCUCUUGAUGACUCAGGUAAUUGGGAAUAUCCCUUUUCUCUCCAUUAGUUCUCCAGACUUGCCAAGCUGCUCUUUGCUUCUUGAGUCUAUAGAUCUGCACCCAGGGAGAGGAUAUGGAGGUCAAGAACAUGUCAGAGAGUUUUAUAUUUCUCAUUGUAAGUUAAUUCACUCAGACUCAUAUAAUUAAAAUAUGUCAGAUGGGUUAACUUGCCCCUCAAGGUAAAAUCAGCUGGAAGCUCCAUUCCAUACUUUCAGGCAUUUUUACGGUUUUCCAAGAUGCCUAUGAAAUCCCAGGGGCUUAAUUGUCUUUGAGCCAUUUUUUGGUCCAGUUUUCAUCUUCAGUUGAAUUCUUGCUCUCCAGUCUACAUUGUGUAGCUAUUUCUUCCCUUUAGGGAUACACACCCUUUUGGUUCUCACCCCCAACUCCAAAUAUGAACCAAUUCUUUCAAAAACACUCUUAAUGAAGAUUGGAGGGAUAAGGAGGUGGAUCGACCACUCUUUAGCAGAUAAUUUAAAAGAAAAUAUUACAAUUUCCCCGUUCUAAAAACACCCUUAAAAGUCCAUUUCAGUAAACACUAACUCUAUUCUUUACCAUAUUAAUUGGCCUCUUCUCUUUGCCCCCUCCAUUCUCUGUUGUCCCCAACUCUGAAUUCUUGUUCAUUAAUCCUUCUACAAUAAAGUUAUU